AUGUGCAUGCCCUUGUCAUACUGCCUUGUAGAAAAUAAUAAAUUAAAUGUUAUUAAUUUACCAGUAAGUCAAAAAAUUAUUCGAACAGAGGAUCAAAUGCAACAAGUCAUUGCAUUAAAACAAGGCAAAGAUUAUUUAUUGCAUGAAGAAACUAAUGGUCUUUUUGAAAAAAAUCAAAAUGAACUAUUCGUUCAAAUGUUUGUUAAUUGGAAUAAAAUGUAUAAUCAAUCAAAACAAUAUAAAUUUACACCAAGUGACCUUUACCAAUUUGAG